AUGGCCGUCGGCGUCGCCAGCGGCUCCCACGACGAUGCCAGCCCGUCGAACCUGCGAAGGCACCACCAGAAGCGCGAGAUGCAGCACCUCGUCAAGCGCGCCUACAACGGCGACGCCACCUGGUACGACGUCGAGACCGGCAACGCCGGCGCGUGCGGUCAGAUGCUCAAGGAGUCCGACUUUGUCGUCGCCAUCAACCAGCCCCAGUACGGCAGCCUCAACCAGAAGUCGAGCUGGUGCGGAAAGACGAUCACCAUCUCGGCCAACGGCAAGUCGACCCAGGCCCGCGUCGCCGACGCCUGCCCCACAGGCGGCGGAAACUGCGGCUUCGGCUCCCUCGACAUGAGCAAGUCGCUCUUCCAGUUCUUCAACCCGCUCGGCGUUGGCAAGUUUUCCAUCACCUGGACCGAGGGCGGCGGAGGAGGAGGAAACGUCGUCGACAACGUCGUCAGCGCCGUCACCGGAAAGAAGAAGAACAAGGACAACAACAACAACAACGACGACAACAACGACUGGUGGGCCAAGCAGCAGCAGAAGAAGAAGGAGGAGGAGGCCGCGGCGCAGCAGAAGCAGCAGGAGGAGGAGGCCCAGAAGGCCAAGGAGGCCAAGGCGGCCGCCGACCAGGCCGCCGCCGAAAAGGAGGCCGAAGCUGCCUCGUCGCGCGCCGCCGCGUCCGCCUCGAAGUCGGCCUCGCGCGCCUCGGUGCAGGCGUCCAAGUCUUCCGCUGCCGCUGCGAGCGCCUCUGCGGCUUCCGCCUCGUCGGCCGCCCGCGCCUCGGCCACCAAGGCUGCCGCUCGCGCCUCGUCGAGCGCCGCCGCCGCCAGCAAGUCCGAGGCUCGCGCCAGCGCUUCGGCCGCGCGCGUCGCCGCCACCGCCGUCCCCACUGGCAACCUGGACAAGUUCGACGAGCUCUUCAACGGUCUCAGCAACAUUGUCCAGAACCAGGCCGCCUAG